UAUCGCGCCUAGUCUUGCUAACUCAUUGGUCUCCCGCCAAGUGUUCCGUCCCUCCCUUUGAGUACAACAGCCGUUGAACGUAAGGUUACGGCUUGGCACUGACAGUGGUAGUGGUACAGCUGGUUCAGUGCGUAAGUAUUGCUGUCGUAAAUGGCGCACAGCUCAAGCGCAGAAAUGUCCGUUUCUCCCGAGUGCAGUGUUUCUGAAGAUAACGAGGUAAUUACUAUGGUAGAUGUGCUGAAAGAGGAAGAGGAAUUAGAGGACUGUACUAAGGCGCUGUUGGGUGCUUCUGAUGAUAAAAAUUGCACUUACUCGAAGGGAUAUGUUAAACGGCAAGCAUUAUAUGCAUGUGUCACAUGCAUUCCUCAGGACAAAGAAAAUUUGCAACCUGGUGGUGUGUGUUUGGCAUGCAGUUACCAUUGCCAUGAAGGUCAUGAGCUUAUAGAACUGUACACAAAAAGAAACUUUCGUUGUGAUUGUGGCAAUAGCAAGUUUCCUGGUCAUAAAUGCAUCUUGGAACCAAAUAAAGCAAGAAUCAAUGAUCAAAAUAGCUAUAAUCAAAAUUUUGGGGGUGUAUAUUGUUUGUGCAAGAGGCCGUAUCCUGAUCCAGAGGAUGAUUCUGGUGAUAUAAUGAUCCAGUGCAUCGUUUGUGAAGACUGGUAUCAUGAAAGGGAUAAAAGGAAGAUAAUCAAACCAUUUGCUGUUACAGAUCAAGGCUGCAUAUUAAAGGAUAUGAAAUCUUCCAGUGAAAAUGAAUCUCCUCAGGCUACUGCCUUUCCUCAAGAUUGGCGCAAAAACUUAUGCAAAUGCGAGAGAUGUAUGGACAAGCUGAGCUCUACAAACGGUGACCCCGACCUCGUGAACAUCAUUACAUUGUGGACGAACCCUGGGUGUGCAGAUAUGACCCGGAAACCAAAUCCCAGUCGUUACGGUGGAAACCUUUUAAGUCGCAAGCCCGAAGAAGGCCCGCCAAAUGUGCAGCUACAUCAGAGUGAUGCUGACUCCCAUGGUGUGGUACACCACGACUAUGCACCACAAGUUCAAACAAUCACCAAAGGCAUAUCCUUUGUAGUGUACGAGUCUAAUGGAUUGAGCUUCCUCUUGGAUGAACAGGACACUGUUCAGGCAUAUGAAGAGAAGGGAAAAGCAAAUGGAGAAACACAAUAUGAACGCGGCAUGAAAGCACUCUCGUCAAUGGAUAGAGUGCAAAGUAUAGAAGCCAUAAAAGGGUACAAUGAUAUGAAAAGCCAAUUGAUGGAGUAUUUGCAGAAAUUUGCUGAAAGUAAGAAGGUUGUGAGGGAAGAAGACAUUAAAGAGUUUUUUAAUGGAAUGAAUGCUCGUAAAAAGCAACGUAUGGAUGUUAAUGUACCUUAUUUUUGUCGAUGAUUGUUGCUGAUGACUUUUUGUAAUUGUGAUCAAUCAUUGUAUGUACCGAAAUCUUCAAUAAUAAUAAUAAUAAAAUAAGAAGUUCCAAGAAUCUUAAUAAUUCUUAGUAACAAGUGUUAUUUACAUGUAGAUAAUGACCUUGCAUCUUGAUAGUAUUCAUAAAUUGUGAGACUAGGCCAAUAAAUUUUGAAUUUUUCCCCCCAAUGCAAACAUUUUCAAAAUGUAAAUCUGGUGAAGCAGGCCAAAUAAAUGGCUGAUAAAACAUUGUAGGGAGAAAAAUUUCACAUUUAGUGACUCACCAUCAAGAUUCCUAAUAUCAAUAAUGUUCAAAAGAUUGUAGUGUCUUAUCUUAAGCUGGUGUGCUUGUACAGACAUUGAAUCAGUAAAGUCCAUUGCUUUCCUCAUAGUGAGUUUGGCAGACUUAGUUUAAAUGACGUAACAAUAAUAUAAACCAUUUAUUUCAAGUUCCAUACCAUAGUAAAACUAUUUCUCCCUGAGAUGGGAUAGCAUCAAUUUACAAAGAUCUCUAAGUUAAUAAAUUUAUGAAGCAUUCAUUUUAUGUAAAUUGCAAUUGUGUAGAUGGCUAGAGGAUUUUUCAUCACUUCACUAUCAUACAAGAUGAAAGUACUGCUAUCAGCAAAGUAACAGUUGUAGUCAUGGAAAGGAAUUCAAGCCCAUUAUUAAAUACCUCUGGAAACAAUUUUUGUUGGAUACUUUCUGUGAUUGCACUAACACUGAAAUAGUGCAAGAAAUGACAACAGAACAGCACUAUGUAUUUUAUAACAUUUGAAAUACAACAUGUUUAAUUCAUGAAUGUAAAUCGUAUACAAUACUGUAAGAUACUUCAGUGGAAGGAAAUUGGGACCUUACAGUGUAAAGAAAGGAAUGAGCUUGAUAAAUGUUAAAUUGAAUGUUGAUGUUUGUAAUGUUCAUGUCUGAGAUUCCAAUGAGGGCCAGAUUUCAAGACCAGGGCACCUAAGCAGAUAAUAUAUUGAGGCCUCUACUUUUUUGUAAUUGAUCCAAAAAUGAACAAAAUAAUUCAUAUGUAACAGAAUUUAAAAAAACAUUUGUUAAACAAGAUCAGUUUUUAAAAUUUUAAGUGGUUUAUACAAUUUUUCUCAAAUACAUAUUGUUUUUCUGACGUAUUCUUGUAUCUCAAAUUCAUAAACUCACCUCUGUACAAUAAUAUACAAUAAUGAUAAUAAUUCAACAGAAUAUUUUUAUUUAUCUUAUUACUCACUCAUCCGGGCAAGGGGCAUAUUAUUCAGAUAGUAUGUGAUGUUUAGUUUUAAAUAGUAACUUGAAUAAAUUAAGUUAAAUUGUUAAAAUCCUUCAAUAUAAUUCGUUCUAAUAAAAUUGGCUAAUUUAUUCACAUGAAAAUCAAGAAACGCUGGGUUGUCCCAGAGAAAUGCU